CUUGCACUGCAUCUUCUGGGACUACUUUCUGUUGCUCACAGAUUAUUUGGUCCUACAUUUUUCCUUAUCAUCUGCCUCUUUGGGCCUGUUAGUAUGUUGGUUUCUCCAUCUGGCACCAUAGCCAGAGGCACAAGGCUUUUUUCCACAUGUCGAGCUCUUCAGCAUGACAAUCCUUUGGGACUUCCACGCUCUGGUACCCCGCCAACUUUUCGUUCGCGCCGAGGGCUGCCCGAAAAGCGCAAGAUUCGAGAUGUCAAGAAAGUUGUUGCGGUCUCUUCAGCAAAGGGAGGAGUUGGAAAGUCUACAAUAGCGGCCAUAAUCAACAUGCUUAUAAACAUUGCCAGACAACUGCCUCGUCCCUCUAACAAACUAUGGCCUCAAAUCGAUGUCAAUGGGCUACCUCCUCCCCCAAACACAAGCCGACAGCACAACAGGCGAACUACCGAUGGACACAACCCCAAUCUCAUGGCGCGGACUAAUGGUAACCAAAGCCAUGCACCAACUCCUCCACUCAGUAUCAUGGGGUCCACUGGACGUCUUAAUCCUCGACCUACCCCCGGAACCGGCGACGUGCAACUCACAAUCAACCAAGAAGUCAUCAUCGACGGGGCAGUGAUCGUAUCAACGCCGCAAGACAUCGCACUCCGCGACGCCGUGCGCGGCAUUGGGAUGUUCCAGCGAAUGGAAGUGCCCGUGCUCGGGAUGGUGCGCAACAUGGCAUAUUUCGCGUGUCCACAGUGCGGGACUCAGACUCGCAUAUUCUCGCAUGGUGAUAGCCACCACCAUGUGCACGGUGAGAACCACGGUGUCGUGGCUGAGUGCAAGCGGCUCGGAGUGGACUUUCUUGGUGAUAUCCCUCUUGAUGCUCGGGUGUGCGAGGAUGCUGAUCGUGGGAUGCCGACUGUUGUUGCGGAGGAGGGUGUUGAGCGCAGUGCGAGGCGGGAGGCUUUCCUUGGUGUUGCUGAGCAGGUGGCUCGGAAGAUUGGACUUGAUUGGCACUGA